AUGGACUACCAGAACCGCGCCGGCUCCAAGUUCGGCGGCGGCGGCGUCGCCUCCUUCUCCGCGACCAACGCCGACCGCCGCGAGCGCCUGCGCAAGCUCGCGCUCGAGACCAUCGACCUCGACAAGGACCCCUACUUCUUCAAGAACCACGUCGGCUCCUUCGAAUGCCGCCUCUGUCUGACGGUCCACCAGAACGACGGUUCCUAUCUCGCCCACACCCAGGGCAAGAAGCACCAGACCAAUCUCGCCCGCCGCGCCGCCCGCGAGCAGAAGGAGGGCAAGCAGAACAUCGACCCGGCCACGGGCCUGCCCAUGGGCGUCGUCGGCGCUGGUUUCGGCGCCGGCGCCCGCCGCAACAUCAUCAAGAUCGGCCGCCCCGGCUACAAGAUCACAAAGAUCCGCGACCCCGUCACGCGCCAGCAGGGCCUGCUGUUCCAGCUGCAGUACCCCGACAUCGCGCCCGACGUCGAGCCAAAGUGGCAGGUCAUGAACGCCUUCACGCAGCGCGUCGAGGAGCCCGACAAGAACUUCCAGUACCUCCUCGUCGCCGCCGAGCCCUACGAGACAUGCGGCUUCAAGAUCCCCGCCCGCGAGCUCGACAAGCGCGACGACAAGCAGUUCAGCUUCUGGGACCCCGAUGCGAAGGAGUACUGGCUGCAGGUCAUGUUCAUGUCGGAGCGCGAGGAGAGGUACGUCGCGGCGCCGGGUACGAGGAGAUGA